AUGCGCUGCGUCUUUCGCGACUGCUCCGAGCCCGUGCUCUCCAACUCGGACAAGUGUGCAUUUCACAAGAACCGCCGCCUCUGCUCGGUCAUUGGCUGCGAAAACCAAGUCUACGCCCGCAAGCUCUGCGUCAAGCACGGCGCACGCAAGCGCUGCUCGUUCCCGAAAUGCCGCGCCUACACACAAGGCCAUGCCGCGUGUCCCGACCACCACGUCUGGCUCCCCCAAGGCCUCGUCACCACCGACAUCGCUGCCGUACAGUCCGAGCAGCGUCGCUGGCUUUGCAGAGAGAGCCUCGACGCCGUCGUCGUUGCCUGUACACCGCAGUGGCUUGACGCUAUCGACCUCGCCUGGCUGGACGUGAUUGAGCGAGCCAUUUAA